AUGAGUCCUGGAGUCGAGUUUGACAAGAAUACCAUGCUGCUGACCCAAACAUCACAGGUAGAUUUCAAGAAUCUGUGUCGACUAGACGUCUUGGGGCUUGCAGACUCCUCGGAAAAGGACCAAGAUGCCGUCUAUGAUGAAUUUAAAGAAAAUAUUUCAUGCCAACCAGCAACCAACAACAACAGAGAAGAAACUAUGUUUGCAAAACAACAGUUGGGAACCAACCCUGAAUCCGAGACAAAGUUACUUGGACUUUCAUGGGACAAAUCGCAAGAUACGCUAAGUGUGACGACAAACAAGGCAGAGCCAGCUAGUACAAAGAGAGGCGCACUUUCUCAGCUGGCCAAAGUUUACGACCCCGUCGGUUUGGUCUCGCCAACGACAUUGCCUGGGAAGCUCCUCUAUCGGGAGAUGUGCGAAGCAAACCUUGCUUGGGACAGGGAAUUCCCUGAAACCUUAACGAAGCAAUGGAAGGAGUGGUACGAACAGUUCCCAGAACGCUACACAGUACCAAGAACAUUGGCCCCCAACCAACAACCCAUCUUGUCGGUUAGUCUUCACGCCUUUGGUGAUGCCAGCAAGGAUGGAGUCACUGUGGCCGUGUAUGCUGUGAUCGAACAAGAGAAUGGCACAACUCAAGGUGUUGUGUGCUCAAAGUCCCACAUCGCGAAGAGGAACCUCACGAUCCCACAGUUAGAGCUCGUGUCAGGACAUAUGGCUGCAAACCUGGUAACAAAUGUGGAGACGGCGAUUGGCAACGAGAAAGUUACGUCGGUACAUUGUUGGUUAGAUGCUACCUUCACAUUGUACUGGAUGAACAGCCAAGGGGAGUACCGCCAGUUUGUGUCCAACCGUGUAAAAAAGAUUCAAGAGCAUAAACGGCUCGAAUGGCAUCAUGUACCAACGAACAAGAACCCUGCUGAUCUAGGGAGUCGAGGAGGAAACAUAGUCGGCAACGAGCUAUGGGCACACAGCCCCGAAUGGUUAAGUGAUAAGAAAAAAUGGCCACCAAAAGUCAUUCUCGAAGUAAGUUUCGAAGCUAAUGAAGAAAUCAAACAUGCACAAAGUACUCAAGCGCUCACCACCUCGAGUCAACCCACAGACAGCGAUGUCUCGAAAAGUACCCUUUGCGAAAGGUUCUGA